AUGGCUGUCGGCGUGGAAGGAGGUAAACAAGUGGUGAGAGAGCAGGUGGCUUAUGGGAAGUUCGAUCCUGGGGAGUCGAGCGUUAUCGUGGAGCUGACCCAUACCAUGCAUGCCUCUGUGAAGGAUUUUAUGAAGACAAACUUCGCUUCGUAUCUCCGCUUGGGUGAGGUCGACCUGGGAGGCCUUCGCCUAUUGUGCAGUGAUUCUUAUGCCGAAGAUGUUCCUCCAGAACAUGAUCCUUCCAGAGCUGGCGCCUCCUCUGAUUCGCUUGGAUGGGAAGAUAAAACCCACCUUCGCAGGGCCUAAAAAGAAGUAGGGAAGUGGAGCAUGGAAGGAUAAGCUUGAUCAUGGGAAACAAGAAGUCUUCACCAGUAACCAAGAUCGGAGUUUAUUCCUUAGUGUUGAGUAAUGGGUUAGGGCUAGAUUUAAAUAAUUGUUGCUAUUCGCCAGAUAUGGCAAGAAACAUCAUUUCUUUUCAUGGUUUGUUUAGACAAGGUUUCAGAUAUUCAUUUGAUAAUAGUAAUGG